AGUAGAAAGAAAGCAUGUCGAGUGAGAGUGGAAGUGUGACUCGGAGUGAAGUGGUGUGCGUCACCGGCGGCAGCGGCUACAUCGGUUCCUGGCUGGUCUGUCUCCUUCUCCGCCGUGGCUACACCGUCCACGCCACCGUCAAAAAUCUCAAGGAUGAAAGGGAAACGAAGCAUCUAGAAGCCCUAGAGGGGGCAGACUCCAGUCUCCGUCUCUUCCAGAUUGAUGUCCUCGACUACGACUCCAUCGUCGCUGCCGUUAAUGGCACCGCCGGCGUCUUCCACCUCGCCUCCCCCUGCAUCGUCGAUAAGGUUCAGGAUCCCGAGAAGGAACUUCUAGAUCCGGCAAUUAAAGGGACAAACAAUGUCUUAACAGCAGCUAAGGAGCUGGGGGUUGGGCGUGUGGUGGUGACAUCAUCUAUCUCGGCUAUCAUUCCUAGCCCAAACUGGCCAGCUGAUGUUGUCAAAGGGGAGGAUUGCUGGACUGAUACCGAGUACUGCAAGCAGAAAGGAAUAUGGUAUCCACUUUCAAAGACACUGGCUGAAAAAGCGGCUUGGGAAUUUGCCAAGGAGAAAGGUUUGGAUGUGGUUGUGGUGAAUCCUGGCACUGUGAUGGGCCCUAUUCUUCCCCCAGGGCUCAAUGCAAGCAUGUUAAUGAUUCUUCGCCUUCUCCAAGGGUGCACUGACAUAUACGAGGACUUUUUUAUGGGAUCUGUUCAUGUUAAAGACGUAGCCCUAGCACAUAUUUUGGUGUAUGAGAACAAAUCAGCAUCUGGAAGGCACUUGUGUGUUGAAGCUAUUUCUCAUUAUGGUGACUUUGCAGCCAAGGUUGCAGAACUUUACCCUGAAUACAAAGUGCCCAGGUUGCCAAAGGAUACUCAACCUGGUUUGCUAAGGGCCAAGACUGCAUCUAAGAAGCUGAUGGACUUGGGUCUACAAUUCAUUCCCAUGGAGCAAAUUAUCAAAGAUUCUGUUGAGAGUCUCCGGAGCAAAGGGUUUAUUUCUUGAACAAAGGCUGCAGUUGCCAUCAAGCUAAUCUCUUCAGAAACCCAUGUAAUGGUAUGAACUUGAAGAAUAAUGAAACUUAUGAUAUGGCCCCUCCCUUCUUUUUUUUUUUUUUUAAAUUAAUUAUGUUCUCGCAAUGUUUUCGAAGAUGUAUGACUGAGACUGAUCAAGUUCGGAAAGCCAGACAAAAAAUCUAUUAUCUUAUCCUUUUUUUUUUUUGUUUAA